AUGGUUUACUUAGCUUUUCUCUUGUUUUUCAACCUUAUUUCAUGUUUUCCCCCUUCCCAUGCACAAAAUACAGACCUUAAGCUGCCAUUGAGGGCUGUAAACCUAGGCAACUGGCUUGUCACUGAAGGAUGGAUGAAACCUUCUCGUUUUGAUGGAAUCAUUAACAAAGAUCUUUUGGAUGGAGCUCAUGUUCAAUUUCUCUCAACAAAGCUAAACAAGUUUUUGUGCGCUGAAAAUGGAGGUGGAACCGUCCUAGUAGCCAACCGUAUCUCACCUUCUGACUGGGAAACCUUCCGUUUGUGGAGGGUGAAUGAGUCGUACUUCCACUUGAGAGUGUUGAACAAGCAGUUCGUGGGAUUAGGAAAUCAAGGUGUAAAAGCUGUUUCAAAUACACCUACCCAUUCAGAAACAUUUCAGAUUGCAAGGAAAGAUGAUGCUCCCAAUCGAGUUCGCCUUAAAGCAUCCAAUGGUUUCUUCCUACAGGUACAGUCGGAGACACUAGUAACUGCAGAUUAUACAGGGUCUAGUUGGGACGAUAGCGAUCCAUCUGUGUUUAACAUUGCAAUCGUAAACACCUUACAGGGUGAAUAUCAAAUCACAAAUGGUUAUGGCCCUGUUAAAGCCCCUCAAGUCAUGCAGGCUCACUGGGAUUCUUACAUCACUGAGCAAGAUUUCAAAUUCAUCUCUGCAAAUGGACUGAGUGCCGUGAGGAUACCUGUAGGGUGGUGGAUAGCACAGGAUCCAAAUCCCCCUAAGCCUUUUGUAGGAGGCUCUUUAAAAGCCCUCGACAAUGCUUUCACAUGGGCCGAGAAAUAUGGGAUGAAGGUAAUUGUAGAUUUGCAUGCAGCUAAAGCCUCACAGAACAGAUUUGAACACAGUGGAGCAAGAGAUGGUUUUCUAGAAUGGGGCGAUUCGAACAUCGACGAGACCGUAGCUGUAAUAGAGUUCCUUGCAACAAGAUAUGGUGGAAGUCCAAGUUUGGGUGCAAUUGAAUUGAUGAACGAGCCUUGGGCACCGGAUGUAACAUUAGAUGCACUUACGAAGUACUACAAAGCUGGAUACGAUGCCAUAAGGAAGCACACAAAUGCAUAUGUGAUUCUAUCAGCUCGUUUAGGACCUGCUGACCCAAAAGAGCUCUUCUCGUUUGCCCGUAGCUUGAAUCGAGUAGCCAUCGAUGUGCAUUGGUACAACCUCUUUACAGAUAUGUUCAUCACCAUGACUGUGCAACAGAACAUUGAUUAUAUCUAUGAUCAACGAUCUUCCGACCUUGACAGCUGGAUCUCGGCUAACGGUCCCCCGAUUUUAAUUGGGGAGUGGACUGGAGAAUUUGGUGCAAAAAAGGGAUCACUGGAAGAUUAUAAGAGAUAUACAAAGGCUGAGCUAGAUGUAUAUGGUGGUGCAACUUUUGGUUGGGCCUAUUGGUCUUAUAAAUGUGAGGAAAACCAUUGGAGCCUCAAGUGGAUGAUUGACAACAACUUUAUACAGCUUAAUAUGAGAUGAUUAAGCACUUGACUAAUUUAUAAUAUAGUAACACAUAUAUUUUUUUUUUAUUUCUGUUUAUGAACUAUCAAUAUAUUAAAUAGACAUUAUGUUGAAUUUAA